AUGGCCAAGAUUGAUGCUGUUGCCCUAGAGACUUUUCGGAGUUGUCUCACGACCUCCAAAGUCUACACACCUGGCUCGGAAGGGUACAAUGAUGCUUUAAUCCGCUGGUCAGACACGGGGACAAAACACGCGGGGGUAGUUAUCCAACCUAUCGACACCGCUGAUAUUCGAACGGCUUUGUUAUGGGCCCAAGAGCAUGGCGUGGAUAUCGCCGUGAAGGGUGGUGGGCAUUCGGCAGCCGGAACUAGUUCGAGCGAUGGUGGCUUAGUGAUUGAUCUCUCGCUCAUGAACCAAGUCAUGGUCGACGUCCCCCACAAGACGAUCACGGCGCAGGGAGGUGCGACUUGGAAGGAGGUCGAUGAGGCCGGCGCAGCCCAUGGAUUGGCGACCGUUGGCGGAACAGUGAACCACACUGGAGUCGGAGGUCUGACCCUGGGAGGGGGAUAUGGGUGGUUGAGUGGACAGUAUGGCCUCACCGUGGAUAACCUGCUGUCUGCCCAAGUGAUCCUGGCCAAUGGCAAUCUUGUUCAUGCCUCUGCGACGGAGCAUCCGGAUUUGUUCUGGGGGCUGCGAGGAGCUGGAUACAAUUUUGGCGUUGUGGUGGAUUUCACCUACCGGGCCCAUGACCAGAAAGAGUCCGUGUAUUCUGGGGUGGUUGGGUUCGCACCCGAAAGGCUAGAGGCCGUCAUGGAGCAGCUCAAUGCAUUGCUGGCAUUGCCUGAUGCUCGAUCGGGCGCUAUGUGUAUUUUUGCGCGAGCACCGGAUGGGUCAGGGCCAAGCAUCGUCGUGAUUUGCUUCUACAACGGACCCCGGGACGAGGGUGAACGGCGGUUCUCUGGAUUGGUAGCAUUGGGGCCCGUUUUUAACACGCUCGACAUGAUUCCUUACCCAGUGGUGAAUACUCUGCAGAACCCGCAAGCCACGUAUGGGGACCGCAAGCUGUUCAAGGGUAUUUUCUACGAGCCACCUCUGGAUCCGACAUUUGCGCGGAAGAUAUUUGACAGUAUCAUGGCCAAAACACAGGCAGAGCCCGAAUUGGCGCCAUCUGCCAUCAUCCUUGAGUUCACUGACAUGCGCAAGAUUUGCGAGGUGCCCUUGACAGCGAGUCCAAUGGCGAGUCGCAGCACCACUCAGAAUGGCAUUGUCUUUCUGCGCUGGACCGACCCAGGCAAAGAUCAGGAAUAUCGAGCUUGGGCACGCGAGGUGCAGUCUAAGUGGAAGACCGAGUUGGAUACGAAAACACAGAACCAGGUGAUUACCAAAGUCCCACAGUACAUCAACUACGCUGAGCCAGGCGAUUCGGUGGUUACGAAUAUUUAUGGCGACAAUCUUGCCCGGCUCCAGGCAGUCAAAGCCCAGUAUGACCCUAACAACGUCUUUCACAAGAUGCAUCCCAUUCCGCUAGCGACCUCUCAGUAG